AGUGAAGCGGCCCCGCCGGGCGACCGCGGCGGCAGAAAGCGAGGCGGAAGGGGCGCUGCGGCCGAGGCUGCGUCGUCGCCGACCCGGGAGGCCGAGGCCGCCGAGCGCCGAGGCGACGUGCCCGCGCCGUCGCCGGAUCCCCAGCCGGGCAGGAUGGAUCAUCACCAGCCCGGGACCGGCCGCUACCAGGUGCUUCACAAUGAGGAGGACAAUUCAGAAUCACCUGCCGUAGAGCAGCCAUCCACUUCAAACGCGACACCACAGGUUGUGCAGUCUGCUUCUUCAGCACCAGCACUUGAGACUGACACUUCUCCACCACCUUACAGUAGUAUUACUGUGGAAGUACCUACAACUUCAGAUACAGAAGUGUAUAGUGAGUUUUACCCUGUGCCACCUCCCUACAGUGUUGCUACCUCUCUUCCUACAUAUGAUGAGGCUGAGAAGGCUAAAGCUGCUGCGAUGGCUGCUGCAGCAGCAGAAACAUCUCAGAGAAAUCAGGAGGAAGAGUGUCCACCAAGAGAUGACUUCAGUGAUGCAGACCAGCUUAGAGUGGGCAACGAUGGCAUUUUCAUGCUGGCGUUUUUUAUGGCAUUUAUAUUCAACUGGCUUGGAUUUUGUUUAUCCUUCUGUAUCACCAAUACUAUAGCCGGAAGGUAUGGUGCUAUCUGUGGAUUUGGCCUUUCAUUGAUCAAAUGGAUCCUUAUUGUGAGGUUUUCUGAUUAUUUUACUGGAUAUUUCAAUGGACAAUAUUGGCUUUGGUGGAUCUUUCUUGUACUUGGCCUUCUCCUUUUCUUCAGAGGCUUUGUUAAUUAUCUGAAAGUCAGAAACAUGUCUGAAAGUAUGGCAGCUGCUCAUAGAACAAGAUAUUUCUUCUUGUUGUAGAGAUUGCAUCUGCGCAACAUUCCUUUCUUAUACCAAUGUGAAAUUUGUCAACUGUAAAUCUACAAUUUUAAUGAGAUAGAAGACUACUAAUAGAAGAAAAUUACUGAAAAAAAGGUGGAGCUUCAAAAUUAAAUGGCAGGGUGGUUAUGCUUACAAGCCAUUUCUGUUCUUUAUUUAUGUUAUUUGGUUUGCACAUUUGCAUAUGUGCCCAUUUUAAAAUAUUUGCAUAUACUUGAAGACACUAAAGUUGUAGGAGUAAAGUCCAGUAACAUUUGGCUAAUCAGUGUUUGGUAUAAUCGAAAGAACUGAGUGACGGUCUUCCAGCAUGUAUAUGCCAUUGACUUCUAACUUGACUGUAAGUAUAAUAAAAAUGAAGUUACUGACCAUAUCAAA